UAACAGUAAAACAACUGGAAUAGUUUCAUGGAUGGUUCCGUAAAUGUUUUACUUAUUGUUUUCGUAUUAUAUCCUGUAGGCCCUCUGUGAUAGCGUCCAGAUAGUAUAUAGUAUAUUUGACUUCGGGACAAAGGCCUACUCUUGUGGACAAUAAAUCGAAAAGCUAACGGAGGGAUUAUACCGGAUUGGAUUAGGGGAUGGAGUAGAAAUUACAGCAGACCUUUAAUUCAUAACUUAAUAUUCUGGAAAUGCACGGUAAACAAUUUGAUCGGAGUUCUGCCCAGUCAUAGCCGCCCACAGUCACCAGAUGAGCGGCAUUCGUAAGAUAUCCCCGCGGAGCCAGCGCAACUCCUCCCCAAUCCACUGCAAUAUGGUGCUGUUGGGGGCGCUGGGGGUAGGAAAAUCAGCCUUGACCGUCAAGUAUAUGACGAAGAGGUUUAUAAUGGAAUACGAUCCUUAUUUGGAGGAUACUUACAGCAAACCAGAUGUUGUUGAUGGGCAAGACGUCACGAUCAAUGUUAUGGACACAUAUGAUCGGGAUCGGCAAGAUCUCGAGAAAUAUUACAAAUGGGCAGAUCUGGCGCUGAUAGUCUACAGCAUCACGAGUCGGCCGAGCUUCAGGCAAGUCCGGGAGUACAUCUACAGCAUAGCUCAAUACCAGAAGACAACCGGCAAGGACAUUCCUAUUGUGUUGGUAGGCAACAAGGUGGACUUGGAAAGAUACAGGCAGGUAAGUAAGUCCGAGGGUAGCCGGCUGGCGACGGAAAACGACUGUCUUUUCUACGAGACCACCGCCGCGGAAGAAUUCGAACACGUCCAGAGUAUAUUCCAUGAUGCCGUACGGAUGCUUAUCGGGCAGGGCCGAGAGCCCACCAUGGACCUCCUGUACAUAAAUGAAGAAAACGGACGUGGCGGGUUUUCGGGCAAUCCGUACUCAAGACAAAAACAAGCGUCGUCUUUUCGACGGGCGAAAUCUCCCAGAGGUUUUGAGAACGGGAAAGACAAGAAAGGGACGACAAGUUUUAAAUUCUUCAACAAAAGUUUCAAAAUAUUCAAUUAACCUUAAAUGAUUAUCAACGUGGAGUUGAAACUUGAUAGACUGACGUGACAUUUCAGUCUGGCAAAACUGAUUAAAAUGUGGUAUGCGAGAUGAAUUAGAGCUUCGAGUCGUGUCGGUCAGUAGAAUUCUGGCAAUGUACAUGUACAAUGUAGACCACUGAUAAGAAGAAAUGACGUGGUUAAAGAUACCAUGGGUAUAGACAUUGGACGUGUUCGUUCAAGAAGGAAGUCAAGCGCCUUUUUGUGACAGUUGAGAUAUACUUGACGACCGCAUUCUCCAGACCGUCUGGUGUGAAUACAAAAGUUUGAUAUAGCUAUAAAGCAGUGUGACGCAUUAAACUUGGUUGCCUCAUGCAUUCUCCAUUAAUCUAAUGGCGUUUCUUGCGCAUUAUUCUCUUGAAAUGGAAGAAAUGGCACUUGACCACCUUCUUGAACUACCAUUCCAGUGUACAUGUAUAUCAUUUGUAACGUUUCGGCUGUUUCCGGCCGUUUCCGGCCACUCAUUGGCAAAAACAAUGCAAGUUGGCAAACGCAAAAUCGGUGUAGUAGUGAAUUUCAAGCGUCCCUUCUGAACUAUGUCGUUGUCUAGUGGACUCAUUAAAAUGUGAAAUAUAAAUGUACAUUUUGUAUAGAAUCUUCUUAGAUUAAUAAUAGACUAUUCAGAAGUAGAA